GAGAGAGGGAAAAAAAAAAGAUAAAGAGAAAGAAGGGAUCCUUCCAACACAAUCCACCUCCCUCCACUCAUUGCUGCAACCCCUUCCCCCAACAGUCAAAAGAAAACAGAGCCAAAAACAGGGGAGGAAAAAACAGGGGAGGGGAAUGCAGGGGACUAGUGGUAACAGCAGUAAUAACAACAACAGUACAAGGAGGAGGAGAGCCAUAACUAGAAAUGGAGUGGUUGUGAGAUCAGUGUGGGAGACUAGGAUGAAGAUGGAUGAGGUGCAGGGCGGAAUCAAGGUGUUCAACGCCGGCGAGUGCGACGCCAACGCCGCCGACGAGGAGGGCCUCCGCGUCUACCGGAGGCUGCGGAGGAACCAGAGCGACGGCGCCGCCGCCGCCGAGCGGAAGAAGCGGAGGAGCUGGAGCACCUCCGGUAACGGCCCGGUCGCGCUGCGGAAGUCGCCGUCGGAGGUGUCGAAUUCGCAGAAGGCGUCGGCGGCGGAGAAGCAGGUGUUGCUGAUAUGCGAUGGGAAGGGUGAGGAGGAGGAGGAGGAGGUGGUAGAGGAGGAGAAAAAAGAGAGGUUUGAUGAUAAAGAGAUGGAUCAGCCAUUGGAGAAGCCCAAGAAUUCGGAAGAGGAGGAGGGGGUGGAAGAAGCAGAGGAAGAGGAAGAGGAGGAGAAGGAAAUUAACAAGAUUCAUGAGAUACCCAUGUCGCCAAAAGUGAAAAACAACGCGGAAUUGGAUUCAGAAACCAUUAAAACACCUCAAGAAACCAUUCAAAUACAUCAAGAGCCUAUAAGAUCUCUAUCUGAGAACAAAUCGGAUCCAAUGGUAGAUUGUAGAGAUUUGAAUCCUGAGCCCGUAAAAUCUCCUCAAGAGAAGAAGCUGGUGGUGGCGAUGAAUCAAAGAGCUAUAAAUCCGGAGCCCUCUCCAGAAAAAAAAAAACCGGAGCCCGUUAUAAUUCGCCGAGCAACGAAACCAGUCCCAACGAAAUCACCUCCAGUUGAAUUCUACGAUAACGAAGUGCAUGAGAACAUAGGAGCCAAUCACAACAAAAUGCAAAACAUUGUGGAUUUGGUGAUGUGGAGAGACGUAUCAAAAUCCGCAUUCGUGUUUGGGUUGGGGACAUUUUCGCUCAUCUCCUCUUCUUACGCCAAAGAUCUAAAUUUCUGCUUGAUCUCCUCAAUCUCCUACCUGGGUCUUGUUUACUUGGCUUUAAUGUUCCUUUACAAGUCCAUUCUCCGCAGAGGAGAGGGUGUGGAAUGUGAUGAGGAGAGCUACUGCAUGGUGGGAGAGGAAGAGGCAAUUUGGGUUGUGAGGCUUCUUCUACCUUACAUAAAUGAGCUUCUGCUUAAGCUCAGAGCACUUUUCUCAGGGGACCCUGCAACCACCAUGAAGCUGGCACUGCUUUUGUUUGCUCUGGCCAGGUGUGGGAGCAGUGUCACUGUUUGGACUCUGGCUAAACUAGGGUUCUUCGGAGUCUUCACCGUUCCAAAAGUUUGCUCUUCGUAUUCCAUUCAGUUGGCUCGAUAUGGCAAAUUUUGGCUGGAGAGGGUUAGAGAUGGGUGGGAGUCUUGCACCCACAAGAAGGCGGUCGCGGCCGCGGCCUUCACCCUCAUAUGGAACGUCUCCUCCACCGUCGCGCGUAUCUGGGCCGUGUUCAUGUUAGUCGUUGCAAUUAAACUCUACCAGCAGCGAAUCGCAGACGAAUGGAGUAGCCGCGAAGAAGAGGUUGCAGAAGAGGGAGCAGAGGAUUUCAGAAAGGAGCCCUCCCCUGUUGAGAUCGGGAGAGGAACGAAGAUAAAGAGGAGGCUCUGAUUUGAAACAUGAUGGAAAGGGUAUGAUGACAAUUGACAAAAGGGGUGAAAUGUAUGAUGAAUAAUAAUCCCUGUAAUUCUGCAAUUUCACACUUCUGAUGAACAUUUUGAUGUUUCGUAAUUGCAUCUAUGGCUUUAUUUUA